ACAUAUCUCAUAUAUAAAAAAAUAAAAAAAAAAACUUGUUAUGCGCCAAUUUCUGUUAUCAGUUUUCAGUUAUCUCUACCUUACCACCAUGUUCACUAUCCACAACCUUAAACCCCCAAUUUUGGUGUCUCCUUCCCCUUGUUUGCACCACCCUUCAUCAUUCCCAUUGCAAUUACCUUCCAAAGCACCCAUCUUCUGCUCCAAUCCUUCAAUCCUCACCCGAAGACUUUUCCUUCCUUCCGUCUCCGCCAUCUGGGACGCCGUCACCGGCGGCAACAACAACAACAAUGGCCGUGAAGCCCUUCUUGCAAUUCGUCGUGGAAUGUCCCUCUUCAGACAGGGUGAUGUUUCCGGGUCUGUUGUGGAGUUCGACAAGGCUAUUCAGCUGGACCCUCGUCAAAAGGCUUAUCUUUGGCAAAGGGGACUCUCACUUUACUACCUUAAUAGAUUUGAAGAAGGAGCUGAGCAGUUUCGGUUAGAUGUUGCUCAAAAUCCAAAUGAUACAGAAGAGUCCAUAUGGUGUUUUCUUUGUGAAGCUCAACUAUAUGGGGUGGAUGAAGUGAGGAAGCGAUAUCUCGAGGUUGGCAGAGACUCAAGGCCAGUCAUGCGGGAAGCAUAUAACAUGUUUAGAGAUGGCGGGGAUCCUGAAAAGCUUGUAGCUGCGUUCUCCAAUGGUAGAGAAGGCGAAUAUUUUUAUGCUUCUCUAUAUGCUGGACUUUAUUACGAAUCUCAGAAUGAAACGGACGCUGCUAAAGUUCACAUGGUUGCUGCAUGCCAGUCUUCUUAUGGGCAAAGGUCUGAUGAUUAUAUGGCUUCUCUCUCGAAGGUUCACUGUCUUUGUCGAAAUUGGACCAUCAGCUAAAAUAUUUUGUUGUAUGUACAUUGAAUUUAGCACGAUGAAGCUAAUUCAUAAGUUGUUAUAUUUACUAUUGAGACGUUUAAAAUAAUUUAUCAUAUUUCUUUUACCUUUUUGCUUGAGCUUGUGGCCCAAAUGAAUUUUGAUAGACUGUCGUAGUGGAAUUUUUUAGUGACAUGUAAUAAUGAAAUGU